GCAUUCCUCGGUGAAAAUUAUGAGUUAACACCUUUUUAAAACCUUUUAAAGGGCAUUGGAUACACUUUCAACCAUGACAGCAGGUCGACGGCUGGCCUUCCUUCAGCAAAAGAAUGGAGCGCUGCGAUUCCCAGGACAGACAGCCUUCCUCGUUGGCGCUACGUCCGGGAUCGGGGAAGCCAUUGCUCGGCGGCUGGCUAAGGCCGAGUUCAACGUGAUCAUCGCCGGUCGCAAUGCCAGGAGGGGGGCCGCGAUUGUAAAGGACCUGAAGGACACGUUCCAUGGAGGGAACCAUGACUUCGUGCCGCUGGAUGCACAGCUCAUAGGUGGGAUCCGCGGGUUAUCUCAUCAGUUGCCGCAAGUGGACAAGCUGAUCCUCACGCAAGGGAUCGCGACGUUGCAGGGUCGGACACUGACGUCAGAAGGCAUUGAUCAGAAGAUGGCGUUGCAUUACUACGGUCGCAUGGCGCUCAUCCAGGAGUUCUUGCCGCGAUUGCGGCAGUCCACGCAGUCGCCGCGCGUGCUCUCCGUGUUUAGCGCUGGCGUGCACAAGCCGUACGACGGAUACAGAGACGACCCGGACCUGCGACACAGCUACACCCUCCAGAACGCCGCCAACGCCGCGGGCUUUUACAACGACCUCAUGCUGGAUGCGUGGAGCCAGGACGAUGCGAACGCGGGCGUCGCCUUCGGCCAUGCCGCGCCAGGCAUCGUCGCGACCAACUGGGGCACGGAGAUGCCGUGGGCCGUUCGCAUGCUAUUGAAGCCCGUCAAUCACUUGCUGGCCAAGUCCCCGGACGUCUGCGCCGAGUUUAUGUGUGACUUUCUGCUGGACGCGUCGGCAUUUCCGGCCAUGGGCGGGGUCCACCUCAUCGACCAACACGGCAGCGCGGCCCAGAAGACGGCGGCGCAUUCUCCCGAUGCCGCCGCCUUUAUACAUCACCACACGUUGGCAGUGUUGAACCACGUCGAGCACCCCCAUCGCCCAAUAUGAAGAGAAUAAAUAAAGUGGACUUAAAAAAUAUUAACCAGCUCGGAUGGGAAGCAAAGUGUCAA